CAAGCUAGCUGGGCUAGUUAAUCAACGCUGGCCUGAGAACAGGAGCAAGACGCUGACCAGCAGACCCUGAAACUUUACAACAGCACCACUGACCGCCACGCUAUUUCCCCAGAGCCUCAUGCUGCAUGACCAUGCCCUUGUGGAGGCUCAGUACGCAGAGGAGGGGCCAGGACCCGGGAUCUCCGCAGCAGAGCCGGGAGACCAGCAGCGACCCGUCUCUCAGGCAGGGCGCUGGCGCUCCGCGCCGCGAGGCUGUGCAGUGCUGGGAGCCCUGGGGCUGCUGGCUGGUGUGGGUGUCGGCUCGUGGCUCAUAGCGCUGUCUCUAUGGCCAGCUGCCCCUCAGCCCAUUUCCAGGACCUUGCAGGACGAGGAGAUGCCUUUGGGCUGCUCAGAGGCCAGCAGUGAGGAAGCGCCGCUCCCUGCACUUCCCAGACCAGUAUCUUUCAGAACAGACAGAGAGGACUUCUUGCUGGAAGCGCAAGUGGGGGCCCGGUCAGACUGGCUCCUGGUCUGCCACGAGGGCUGGAGCCCCGCCCUGGGGGUGCAGAUCUGCCGGAGCCUUGGGCACCUCAGACUCACUCACUACAAGGGAGUAAACCUCACUGACAUCAAGCUCAACAGCUCUCAGGAGUUCGCUCAGCUCUCUCCUAGACUGGGAGGCUUCCUGGAGGAGGUGUGGCAGCCCAGGAAGAACUGCCCUUCUGGCCGAGUUGUUUCUCUCAAAUGCUCUGAGUGUGGAGCGAGGCCCCUGGCUUCCCGGAUAGUCGGUGGGCAGACCGCGGCUCCUGGGCGCUGGCCCUGGCAUGCCAGCGUGACCCUGGGCUCCCGGCACACGUGUGGGGGCUCUGUGUUGUCGCCACACUGGGUGGUGACUGCCGCACACUGCAUGCACAGUUUCAGGCUGUCCCGCCUGUCCAGCUGGCGGGUUCACACAGGGCUGCUCAGCCACAGCGCCGUCAGGCCACACCAGGGGGCUAUGGUGGAGAGGAUCAUCCCCCACCCCUUCUACAGCACCCAGAAUCAUGACUAUGAUGUCGCUCUCCUGCGGCUCCAGACGCCGCUCAACUUCUCAGACACCGUGGGUGCUGUGUGCCUGCCAGCCGAGGAGCAGCAUUUCCCAAGGGGCUCCCAGUGCUGGGUGUCUGGCUGGGGCCACACCGACCCCAGCCAUAGUGAGUCAGCUCCCAGGCCUUUCUCGGUGUCUCCCUCAGCCCACAGCUCAGACAUGCUCCAGGACACGGUGGUGCCCCUGCUCAGCACCCGGCUCUGCAACAGCUCUUGCGUGUACAGCGGAGCCCUCACCCCUCGCAUGCUGUGCGCCGGCUACCUGGACGGGAGGGCCGAUGCGUGCCAGGGGGACAGCGGGGGGCCCUUGGUGUGCCCAGAUGGUGGCAUAUGGCGCCUCGUGGGGGUGGUCAGCUGGGGUCGUGGCUGUGCAGAGCCCAAUCACCCAGGUGUCUAUGCCAAGGUAGCCGAGUUCCUGGACUGGAUCCAUGACACGGCUCAGCAGGUCCACUAGAUGGAGGACAAGCAGCAGCCUCUGUGGCAGAAGGCACGGAUCAUCCACCACUGCGUGCGAGAGACAGUCACCACCCACAGGCCAGCUGCCGGGCCGCUGGGCCUCUCCUCUCAGGCCCUGGUUUCAGAAUCCCUGUUUCUCACCAGAGAGGCUCGACAGCA